AUGGAUAUCUUCUAUCGGCGGAAAACUCACAUGCCGCUGGUGUUCAACGGUAUUUUAUGUUCAACGUUGGUGUCAACGUUGAUGUCAACGUUGAUUCAACUUUCUGACACCAUUCAUCACACUUACAUUGCGAAGGAUGCUGGAAUGAGAAUACUCAAAGGAUACUGGCGAAAUCAUAUUCGCUCGGAGCGCCGGGCAGGACGAAAAGUACCGCACCUGGAAAAGACUGCCCAAAGUGCGGCGAAGCAAUACCACGAUGCCAUCCGCAAACAAAAGAAGACGCACUGGAAUGACUUUCUCGCAGACAACGAUAACAUCUGGAAAGCCGCUAAAUACGUGAAUUCGGGAGAGGACGCAGCAUUCGGGAAGCUACCGCAGCUCGUUAGAGCAGACGGGACUACCACCACGGAUCAUCAAGAGCAAGCAGACGAGUUGCUGUCCAAAUUCUUCCCACCCCUGCCGGACAACAUUGAUGAUGAAGGGAUCAAACCACAAAGAGAGCCAGUGGGAAUGCUUGCCAUCACCCUGGAGGUAGAACGACAGCUUCUUGUAGCGAAAUCGUGGAAGGCGCCAGGAGAGGACAGCCUGCCGGCGAUAGGUUGGAAGAUGACGUGGCCCACGGUCAAGUACAGGGUCCUUGAACUAUUCCAGGCGUCGCUGGCAGAAGGCUCGUUGCUAAGACAGUGGAGACACGCGAAGAUCAUACCGCUCAAAAAACUGAAUAAAGAAAAUUACACUAUUGCAAAAGCAUGGAGACCGAUCUCACUCCUAGCGACACUGGGCAAGAUACUGGAAUCAGUAGUUGCAGAAAGGAUCUCACAUGCGGUGGAAACCCACGGCUUGCUUUCGACCAGCCACUUUGGAGCCCGGAAACAGCGGUCCGCUCGAAACGAACGGCGAACGUCCAGAUCAAUGGGCAAUUGUCGGAGGUCCAAAGCCUGCUACAUGCUGGGCUACCGCAGGGCUCGCCCCUGUCCCCGAUCCUAUUUCUCUUCAUCAACGCAGACCCCGUGCAAAGGCAAAUCGAUAAGUAACUGGGAAGGAAUUGAAGCAAUUACCAAUGAAGCCCUCGACUGGGAGAGGAGAAGCGGAGGGACCUUUGAAGCUGACAAGACAGCUAUCAUACACUUUGCUCCCAAGACGCGUGAAUCGGACCACGAUCCGUUUACCAUCAAGGACAGACGGUUCGUAGCAGAGGCGGAGGCUCACAUUGCCACUGCGCAGCAUCGAUUCUGGAGACGGGCCGUGAAGAUGUGGACGGACAUACACACUCUAUCGGAAACCAAUCCUCUCCGCAGAAAUACAGAUCGGAUCAAGAAGUUCAGAAGAUACCACCGCUCACCGUUGUAUCAGGUAGCCGAUGCGCUCAAGCAUAUCGACAUGGAAACACUGGAAACGAUUAACCUAUUUACGUUAUCCCCGUGGGAGGAACGCAUGCAGACCGAUAUUGAUCAACCGCAGGAUUUCCAGGCCAGAGCAGGCGUGUACAUGCAGAUCGCGGUCAGCAGCUCGGCUCAGAACAAGCUGGUCGAGUAA